AACACAAUAAGCACAACAAACACUCUCCUCUUCUUCUUCUUCUUCUUCUUCUUGUUCCUUUAAUGGUGAUGGAAAAUAACAACAUCAUCAUCACUACAACUCCAUCCCAAAACCCCAACCAAGACCAACAAAGAAUCAAUAACACUAACACUAACACUAACAAUGAUGGUGAUGGUGAUAAGAGAAGUGGUGGUGGUGGUGGUAGGGUGGUGAUGAACAAGGCCACAUAUGUGCCACUCUUGGUGAUAAAUUUCCUGUUUCUGUUUGUGGGUUCGGUCUCAUCAAGCUUGCUGUCGAAGUACUACUUCAACCACAAUGGAAAAUCCAUAUGGGUCUCCACAUGGGUCCAAUGCGCCGGCUUCCCACUCCUCCUCCUCCCCAUUUUCCUACCCUAUCACCUCUUCAAAUCCACGGCGAGAAAACCCUUCACCCACUUCACCCCAAGCCUCCUCCUCCUCUCCCUCCUCAUCGGCCUCCUCCUCGGCCUCAACAACCUCCUCUUCUCCUACGGCAACUCCUUCCUCCCCGUCUCCACCUCCGCCCUCCUCCUCUCCUCCCAGCUCGCCUUCACCCUCGUCCUCUCCGUCCUCAUCGUCAAGCAAAAGAUCACAUUCUCCAAUCUCAACUGCGUCAUCCUCUUAGUCACCAGCUCAGUCCUCCUGGCACUCGGCUCCAACCACGACAAGCCCAAAAACCUAACCCGCUCCAACUACUUCGUCGGGUUCUUCUGCACCAUCGGCGCCGGACUCCUCUUCGCCCUCUACCUCCCGGUCAUGGAGAGAAUCUACCGCAAGGUCUACUGCUACGCCAUGGUUAUGGAAAUGCAGCUCGUUAUGGAGCUGGCGGCAACCGCCCUCGCCACCGCCGGGAUGGCCGGCAGGGGUGGCUUCGAGGAGAUGGUAGCGGAGAGCCGACCCGGACCCGUCGGGUUCGACAAGGGAGCGACGGCGUAUUGGUUGACGGUGGGGUUUAACGUGGUGACGUGGCAGCUUUGUUUCAUGGGGACGGCGGGGAUGGUGUUUCUGACGUCGUCUUUGACCGGCGGGAUUUGCAUGACGGCGCUGAUGACGAUGAAUGUGAUCGGUGGUGUGGUGGUUUACGGCGAUGAGUUCGGCGGAACCAAGGCUGUCUCCGCCGUGCUCAGUGUUUGGGGGUUCUGCUCUUACGUGUAUGGUAUGUAUAUCAAUAUGAAACAUCAACAAACGUUAAUUUCAUCGAACACCAACGAUAGUACUAAUCAUCAUCAACAACAACAACAAAACCAAUCUGUGGAAAUGGUUGCAAUGUUAAAUGUAGAUGAUCGUGUUUGAAGAAUUCGAUCUUGUUAUAUUAUGAUAAUAAAAUAUAUCAUGAUAUAUAAGAGAAUAGUAAGUGUAUGUAUAAUGUGUUUUAUUAUUAAUGAUUAUAUUAAUUAAUUUCUAGAAUAUUAUAUGGAUUUAGAUUAUUAUUAGAAUAUUAUGUGGUGGUGUUUGGUUUGGUUGUUCAAUAUAUGAAUUCAUCAUAUAUUAAUUAUUAUUUUAAUUAAGUUUCUUUGAGUAAU